CUACCUGCUUUUGUUUAAUAGAAAAGAAGUAAAACGAAAUUUUAAUGCUACUAGUAAUUUCCACAUUUUAUGACAUGUUCAUAAAUUAUGGUGACAAUGUGGCGAUACAUUAUAUUUAUAUCAAUCAUAAAUCAUUUCGCUGUUGCUGACAUCAUCACCUACAUUAGUGGUGGUUACUACAAUGCAUCCUCUCCAUGUUUAUCUGCUCUUAUCCACUUUAAUACAACAAAUUCAAAUGGAAGCAGUUUUUAUUUAUCUAGCUCAUUUCCCAUAACGUUUACCACAAGUGACUGUAUCAUUUUUAACAAUGUUGGUGUAUGUUAUGUAUCAGUUCAACGUCGUUUUGCUGAUGGGCAUAAACAUAAAUUUCAAAUAACUAAGAAAUUCAAGAAUGGGACUCAAGUUGAAUUUUCCAGAGAUUUAAUGGUUAAUUUUGUUGAUAUUUUUGGUCCCUUAUUAAAUGUGUCCAUCAUCCCUGUACAAAAUGGAAUAAAAAUCAUGUGGAGCACUGGUAUCAAUAAAUGCAUAGAACCUAAUACUCACGUUUCCUACGUACAAUAUGUUAUCUGUACAUUUGAUGCACAUAGAAAAGCUUUUACAUGUAAGCCACCAAGAAAAAUUAGUAUUACGAAUCAUCCUGAAAAGAUGAUUUGCAUCAGAAAGGAUUUCCGAAUGUUUAAUUGUUUUUGGGUAGUACAAGAAAAUGUUCGUGAAAAUGUCACCUACAAAAUUAAAAUUCGUUAUACAUUUGGAUAUAAUGAGAAUUACUCAAAAUGGUCGAAGUACAGUUUUUAUAAUUCUGAAAAUCUAGAUGUACCAACACUGGAGUGUAGUUUCGAAAAUAAAUGGACCGUCUUAAAAUGGAAUGUUCAUAUACCUGAAGUUUAUCUGAGUGGUCGAUAUUAUGUGCUUUACAUCUACAGUGAUGGUGUGUUUUUGGAGAAGAAAACCAUUCCUGCUGAUGGUAAAAAGGUGUAUCAUUAUAGAGGAGUGUAUGAAGAAUUAUCGUUUAAGAUGAAAGUAUGUGCUGCUGGUGGAAUAUGCAGCUUGCUGAGUAAAUCUUGUAGACCAGUUGUUACUGACACUCAAAUUGGCGACUCUAGUGAGAAAACAGUAUACAUCAUCAUAGCUAUUCUUAUUGCAUUAAUCACCAUCGCAUUUACUGUGAUUGCUGUCGCGUAUAUCAGACAGAAAAGGAGAAGUCAAAGAUUUAUCGUUAGUGAAAGCAGGGUUGACUUGCAAGAAGUGGAUAACACAGUGGAUAUUUCACCAUACAGUACUUUCACCCCACAAUAAAAACAGCAUAUGUUGUUACGAUGAGUUUUAACCUAUCAGUACAAUGAACAGAAGAGAAACUGCUAUUUAGAUAUCUUUGGGAAGAAAUAUUCCAAAUUUAUUCUUCGAGAAGUUUUAAAGAGCAUUAAAGUCAAAUAUUGUGUCUAUAUAUUUUGAUAAUACACCCGUUUCUUUUUAAUGUCUCCUUUGCAGUUAUCUGUUCUGCAUAAUAACGUUGUAUAACAUUUGUACGUUCUUCAGUUCUUUAUUUGGAAACGCCUUUUUUAUCAAGUGUUAAAGCGAGAAAGAAAUGACGUGGGUUAAAUUUGGCGAGUAAUAAAUUUUGUUAAAUUUCGCGAGUAACAAAAAGAAGGUUUUAAUUUUUAUAAAAAACGAGUCAGAGUAAAAGAGAGAGCUGCAAAAUGAAAUAUCUAUCAUGUGCAUAUUUCAUAAAGUAGUUUUUGAAAGAAUUGCGCUCAGAAUCCACUUGAUCAAAACUGUUUUUGAUUUUUUAAAGAAAUUGAUGAAUUUUGCUUUAAAUUUGGUGUGGAUUUAAAUUAGCGUAUUUUGAUUCGCCAAUUUAGCAAGAUUGUAUCUAAGGCUUUUUUAACUAUUUUAUAAAAGAGUAUAAAUAGACUUGUAGAUGUACUGUAUUUUUUGCUUUUGUAAAGGGGCUACGAAACGGCUGUUUGUUUUCGACUUUAGUGACUUACACGAAAGUCGAGCUACUGGCAGUGGAAACUGAGAACAAAAAAAAACAACUAAAUCAUAUUAAAUAUUAUAUUGGGCAUCUAAAUAUAACUAAAAAAUGACAAAGUAUGUCCCUAUAUACAUUGGGUAUUCAUGAUUUAUUUGAUAUAAGUUCUUACCUUACUUUUAACUCAAAUUUUCUAAUAAAAUAAACUUCAAACUUUUUGAACUAGUUAGCUAGCUAUGUCCGAAAUUUUUCUUAGAAGCAUGUAAGUUUGUUAUACAUAAACCACGCAACCUGUUUAUGAUAAACAGGUUGCGUGGUUCCGCUGCUGUGUGGUUCCAAGCGUGUAUAAUGAGUGGUCUGUUUUUUACACGCCAUUCUGCAGAAAUUGCGGGGAUUAAGAACUUGUAGCCUAUUUAUUAUAAGUAACUAUUAUAUAAAAUUUUAUUGUUUUAUGAAUUUUUGAAAGUGAUUCAAUGCAA